GCAAAUCAAAGGUCAGCCUAAGCUAAAACCCAAGCAAGCGAAGCGGCAGCAGUCAAACAUAUUUUUGAAGCGAGAGAACGAAACUGAGACGGGAUUUUGGUUUUACCCAUUGCACUUUCACACCCAGGUAAUUACGCCAGCAGCCAGAACAGGUCGCAGGUCAAGAGGUUAGCAGCCUGCAUCAUUCAGCAGCAGCAGUCGCAACGAUCAACGACCAGACGCGCUCCAAAGAACUUUUGCUUUUCAAUUUUUGUUGCUCGAUCGCAUUUGGAAUGGAAAGUCAGCGUAGUAACAAUCGCCGUGGCGCUCGUCCCAGCGUGGGCUAUCUGCUGUUUCAAUAUCAGUGCGAGCUCACACGCCGCCAUGCGGAACCCACACGCCUCUCACGCACCAAGAUGCACAUAAUCGAUGGCCUCGUAUCUCGCACCAUACGCCAGCUGAAGCAAUGCAGCGUGGAGGAGCUGCAGGCCUGCAAGCGUGAGCUGGUCUACAAGGAGCAGCUGCGCGAUGAGCUGCGCGCUCAGCGGCGACGCAAGCAGACGCCAGCAGCAGCAGCUGCAGCGCCAGUGAAGGCGCCCAGCACGCCGCCCAAGCCAAGCCACAAGGUGCGCAUCUUUGGUCCCGAAAUUUUUGUUUAACUUUUACUUAAGCUUAGCUUGCAGUUGUAUAUUAUAUAUUUGUAACUUAAUUGUUGACGAUUAAAAAUCAAUACCAAAUAUUCAGUUUUUCUCAAUUACUUGUAGUUGUUGUGGUUGUUGUUGUAGGAGUGGAAAUUCCUGUUCUGAGCAGCAAGUUUUCAAAAUGCCAGCGCACAAGAGUUAAGAGUCAAGAGUUCCCACGAUAACCCGCGCCACUGACAUCAAAUUGGCCAGGCCAGUUACUAAAGCUGCAACUACAACAAACUGCGCGCAGACUGAACUCAAAACUCAGGCGGUUAGACGCGUUCAAGACGGCCAAGAAUGCGGCUUAAAGUUCAAUCGUGCAGCAAGUCGCUCUUGCCUGUUUGACUAUUUUUUUUUUUUUAUUUUUGGGGGGCUGCUGCAUUGACGAGUUUAUUUUUGUUAAGCCAGUCAAUCGACUGUGGCUUAAAUUAUGAGGCCUGAAUGAAUGCGAUAUGCAAAUUGAACAGUCAAGAGAAAUGUUUAAGUUGGAAAACGAACAAUUUGACUCAUUAGCAGAGUUCAACAAACAAAAGCUGAUGUGACCAAAUUAACAGUUAGCCGGCCAACGUGUUCUACAUGUUAAAUGUUUAAAUUUAUUUAUGCAACUUACACUUAAUAGUUUGUUUAUAUAUUCCGUAUGUUUGUUGUGUUGCUGUUUGCACAUGUAUUUAACUCUUUUUUUUUUUGGUAUUUGUUAAUAACUUGGCAAAACAGAACUUGCGCUGUUAUUACAUUUUUUUUUGCUUUGCACUUUUUUCUUUCUCUUUGAGCACUUUGCAGUGAAAUUUUUAUACGUGCAGCUGCUGCACUUUUGCUUGCAACACUUGGGCUGUGUAAUUAUUUUUAAAGACUUUUUUUCUCUUGCUUUAC